AUGGCAUUUGGAUUAUGUAGAUCAAAAAUGAUGAACGGGAUUGUGGCACUCCACUCGCCGCCAAUGCGGAAGGAUGCCGCCGAAAAGAAGGGAACGCUGCUUCGCUCCGCUGGAUGCGUCGGAUCCCGUAUAACAAGGGAUCUUUUUAACAACAAAUUCAAACAUGUGGUCGCAAAAUGCUAUCCAGCUCUUUUGUUGCGUAGCAAUAGAAGCCUGCUCAUGCUGCUUUGGCGGCGCUUUUUCGCCUUCUCUUCGCUCUGGACAGGAGCGCUAGUGGGCACGGGGAGGGAGCAGGCGAAGCGUGUCAUUCGUAAUGAACAGAAAGAUACCACUACUUCGCCUCUUUGUUGGAGCGCCGGCGCGAACACAGUGGUAUCUGACCAGGACCAGAAACUGAUUCGAAUUUGGAUCUUGACAUGUCGGUGGUUUUUAACCGUGGGCAUCAUGCCAGGAAGUUGGUGGGCUCAUCAUGAAUUAGGUCGGGGUGGCUGGUGGUUUCGGGAUCCCGUAGAAAAUGCUUCUUUUAUGCCUUGGGUAUUAGCCACAGCUCGUAUUCAUUCCGUAAUUCUACCCCUUCUUCAUUCUUGGAUCUCGGUUCUUAAUAUUGUGACUCUUCCAUGCUGUGUCUCAGGAACCUUUUCAAUACGGUCCGGAUUGCUAGCUUCCGUUCAUAGUUUUGCUACAGAUGAUACACGAGGAAUCUUUUUAUGGCGGUUCUUCCUUCUAAUGACCGGCAUAUCUAUGAUUCUUUUCUCCCAGAUGAAGCAGCAGGCAUCGGUCCGUAGAACUUAUAAAAAAGAGAUGGUUGUGGCGCGAAGUACUCUUGUGUACCUCAUAUAA